UUACUUUGUGCUGUAAUAUCUCUUGAUACUUUAAUGAUCCGCUCGCGUCUAUCAUGCUAAACAAGAUCCAUAAGUUUAUUUCCUGAAUCAAAUGGUUCUUACAUGAGCGUCAAGAAUAUCUCUACUCUCUGUGAAAAAAGCCUGUGUUUCCAUUAUGAAAAAAAAAGAAUGAAAAUAAAAAGCGCGUUUCCCUUUUGAUUUUAUCAUCAUGUCUGAAAAGGUUGCUCUUAUUCUUGUGGAUAUUCAAAAUGACUUCCUAGAAGGAGGAUCGCUUGCUGUACCUGAUUCAAACAGUAUUUUGAAACCUGUCCUUCAUCUGAUAAGACAGAUAAAGCAAAAGGACGGUUUAGUGAUUGCAACUCAGGACUGGCAUCCACAAAAUCACAUCAGUUUUGCUUCUAAUCAUGAUGAUGUGAACGUAUUUGAUGUGAAGCAAAUUGAAUAUGAAGGUCAGAUCAUAAAACAAGUAAUGUGGCCAGAUCAUUGUGUACAACACUCUUCUGGUGCAGCAUUUUCAGAGAGUUUAGACCUAAAAACCAUUGAUUGCAUUGUACAGAAAGGCAUGAAUUCAUAUGUAGAUUCGUACAGUGGGUUUGCUGAUAACCAAUACAACGAAAUAACUACAUUAGCCAAGAUACUUUAUCAACAUUUUGUCGAUACUGUCUAUAUUGUUGGAUUAGCAACAGACUUUUGCGUUAAAUUCACUUGCUUAGACUCUAUCAAAUUUGGAUUCAAGACAGUAUUAGUCAAGGAUUGUACCAAGCCUGUGGAUGCAAAACAAUGGCAAGUCACAUUAGAUCAAUUGGAAUCAAAAGGUGUGCUUAUUCAAGCAUCAAAUGCUUUAUUUUAAACA